CAUGUGUUCCAAUUUGUGGCUUAAAUUCAUUUUUUUCGCCAGGUUAAAACAAAAUCCAGUUGAGAAUUUGUACAAAAUCCUGGCGAAUUUAUGCGUUUUCACACAGAUCACGACACCAAGUUUCAGCAUAAAAAGUAAUGACAGAUUUCAUUUGCAAUUCAUUGCUGCUAUAAGCAAAUGUGCUGUAGUACUAGAUAGCACUAUAGCAGACUGUUCAAAAAAGCGCGCGCGGGCUUCUCGUUGGCAGGCUGAAUGCCCCCGCCGCCGCCGCGGUUGGCGCCAAACCCCGCCGCCGUACUCCACGCGGCACUCCUCAGGGCCUCCUCCUUCUCUGCCGCUUGCCGCCUGCCUCCCCGCAUCUCCUUCAACUCCCUGCUCGCGGCCGCCGCGUCCUCCCAGGACACGCGCCUCCGCGCGCUCGCCCUCCCGGCGCUCGCGCUCGCCCACGCCUCCGGUCGCGUGCCUCUCGACUCGUACGCCCUCUGCUCCGCGCUCCGCUCCACGCCCUCCGCCGCGGACACGCUCCACGCGCUCGCCUCCAAGUCUGGCUGGCUCGGCAGCGUCUUCGUGUCCUGCGCGCUCGCCGCGUCCUAUGGCGGAUCCGGCCGGUACCAGGACGCCCGGAAGCUGUUCGACGAAAGUCCUUCCAAGAAUGGAGUCUUCGGGAACGCCGUUCUCGCCGCUUAUGUGGGCGCGGCCAAGUGGGUGCCCGUGCUGGGGUUCGCGCGGAGGUUCUCAGAGCUACAGCUGCAGGUCGACGGGUACACCAUGACGGCUGUGGUGCGGGCAUGUGGUGAGGUGGCAAAUGCUGAUCUCGGUGUCCAGGCGCACGGGCAUGCUAUCAGGAGGUUGGGAGGUAUAGAGGUGGAUGUGUUCUUGGUCAGCGCGUUUGUGGACAUGUAUGCCAAGUGUGGGCUUAUCAGCCAAGCGGAGUGUGUGUUCGGCCUUGCACAGCAGGAGACUGGUGGCAGAGGUGACGUCGUGCUGUGGACGGCCAUGUUGAAUGCCUAUGCGCGGCAUGGACAGUGCAAGGAGGUUAUCCGGAUGUAUGACCUGAUGGUGGCUUCUGGUGUCUACCCGGAUGAAUUGGCUAUGUUAGCUGUGCUCUCAGCUUGCCAGCACGCUGGGGAGGUGGUCAAGGGGCUCAACUACUUUGAAUCCAUGCACGCAGAUUACGGGUUGGUGCCCACACCAGAGCACUACGGUUGUGUGGUCAACAUGCUGUGCCGGGCAGGGGAAGUGACCAAGGCGUGGGAAAUUGCCACCAAGGAUGGCUGUGAUUGUGCAAUCGGCGUAUCCACAUGGGGGGCACUGCUCAGUGCUUGCCAGGCGUGUUUAAAUGUUGAGGUUGGGAGAAUGGCAGCUCAGAAGGCAAUCGAAUUGGACCCUACCAAUGUUGGGAUUUACAUUGAGCUGUCAAAUUUGUAUGCAAGGGCUUGCUUGUGGGAUGAUAUUGACCAGCUGCGGGAGGUGAUGAAGGAGAAAGGGUUGGAAAAGGAUGUUGGAUGUACUUGGGGGCUGAGCUUGGUUCACGAAAGAACUUGAAAAUGCUUCAUGUUGAUGUAUGAUCCAACCAUUAUGAUUGGAGUUGUGGGAAGCAAUUUCAUGUUUGGAUAACCUGCCACCACAUCCAUAGAAACCAACCUUUUCUGGGACAAAAAUUGGAAGCACAAUCUUUCUUUGCGGUCGAAAUUAAGAUAGCCAUGGAGGAAUUGUAAGUGAGACCAACAGUUGCCACAUUUUCUUCAUGCCUGAGUGUCCGGCUACCAAUGCUAUACUUAGCAACUCAUGUUCCAUGGAUCUGAAAAUACUGAUAUCCAAGAGACAAAAAAGAAGCAGCACCAGGAAUCUCUCUUUUGUCAGAUAAAGCAUGGUUAUUCAAUUCGUCUUGUGCAAGCAAGAAAGCAUACACAUGUGCCAAAGCAUGUCUAUUAGGACCCUAAAGUGAGGUUUAGAUCAGAGAUCACUGUUAGAUUAAGGAGUCCAUUUCUAUUUGGGAACCUCGCAAUUGUGCAGAAAUCAGCUAUUCACGUUCCUAGAGCUGACCUGAGGAGAGACUCUUCAUUUGGACCAUAUUUUUAAUAUGCUGGAAAAUUUGUGGAUAACAUUCUCACUG